GAGAGAGAGAGAGAGAGAGAGAGAGAGCGGGAGAGAGAGCGAGAGAGAGCGAGGGAGAGAGGGAGAGAGAGAUCUCUCAAAACAUCUACAUUUUAACUGAACUGUCCUGAAAACAUGUAACAGUAAAAUAUUGGUCGUAAAACGGUCAUAGAACAGUCAUAGAACAUUCAUAGAACGAUCAUAUGACAGUUAUACGACGGUUAUAUAACAGUCAUACAAUAAUUAUUAUUAACUAAGACAAUCGUUGUAUAUCAAUUAAAAUUAAUCAUGUCCUCUUUAGAAGCUGCACCUUCCAAUAAUACGAAGCAAGUCCGGAUUUGUCCCAGUGUCAAGUCUGACGUCACUGAUGGCACAACAGACGGGAGCAAUGCAACCAAUCAGAAACGUCGACCAUCUGUUUUCCCGAACGCUCAUCGUCGACGUUCAUCUUUCCAGUUCAAACAAUUGGCUUUGUCCAACUUUCAUCGUUUGAGUAUGGCGACCAGCAGUGAUAUAGAAUGUUUGCCGAAGAUCCGGCAACAGAAUACGUAUCGAAUCGACCCACACCCAGACAGUAAAUUCGUCGAAUCUAAGGUAAAGAACGCCGUUUAUGAAUAUCUGUGUGAAGAACUGACCAAUGUUGAAUACGACGACAAAGAUUGGAAACUAAAGACAAGAGAUAUUGGGGACCAACUACGGAACCAAAUUAAAUCUCUCGGUUUUCUUCGAUAUAAAAUCAUUGUUGAAAUAUUGAUCAAUCCUAAAGGGGCUAACAAUGAUUUGAUCUUUGGCAGCCGGUGUCUCAGUGAUCCGGAUCGGGAUCGAUCUGUUACCGUUGUCUUCUCCAAUGAUUCGCUGUCAGCUGUGGUUUGUGUCUAUGCCAUUUAUUACGAUUGACACAUUAUUCUCAUGGUGUGCAUUAGAAACGGGUAACUUUACAUGAAAUGAUUAUCAAGGCAA